GGCAACCAUCGAUGAGGUGGAAACGGAUGUGGUGGAGAUCGAGGCCAAGCUCGACAAGCUGGUGAAGCUGUGCAGUGGCAUGCUGGAGGCUGGCAAGGUUUACAUCACCACCAACAAACAUUUCGUCAGCGGCGUGAGGGACCUGUCCCAGCAGUGCAGGAAGGACCAGAUGAUCUCGGAGUGCCUGGAUAAAUUUGGGGACAGCCUACAGGAAAUGAUGAAUUACCACAUGAUCCUGUUUGACCAGGCCCAGAGGUCGGUCCGGCAGCAGCUGCACAAUUUUGUCAAAGAUGACGUGAGGAAGUUCAAGGAGACCAAGAAGCAGUUUGACAAGGUGCGGGAGGACAUGGAGAUCUCCCUGGUGAAGAACGCGCAGGCGCCGCGGCACAAACCGCACGAGGUGGAGGAGGCCACGGGCACGCUGAGCAUCACCCGGAAAUGCUUCCGGCACCUGGCCCUGGACUACGUGCUGCAGAUCAACGUGCUGCAGGCCAAGAAGAAAUUUGAGAUCCUGGAUGCGAUGUUGUCCUUCAUGCACGCGCAGUUCACCUUCUUCCAGCAGGGUUACAGCCUCCUGCACGAGCUCGACCCCUACAUGAAGAAAUUGGCCACCGAGCUGGACCAGCUGGUGAUCGACUCAGCCGUGGAGAAGAGGGAGAUGGAGCACAAGCACGCCCUGAUCCAGCAGAGGACCCUCCUGCAGGAUUUCUCCUACGAUGACUCCAAGGUGGAAUUCAACGUGGAUGCCCCCAACGGGGUGGUGAUGGAGGGGUACCUGUUCAAGAGAGCCAGCAACGCCUUCAAAACCUGGAACAGGAGGUGGUUUUCCAUCCAGAACAGCCAGCUGGUCUACCAGAAGAAGCUAAAGGACGUGCUGACCGUGGUGGUGGAGGACCUGAGGCUCUGCACGGUCAAACCCUGCGAGGACAUCGAGAGGAGGUUCUGCUUCGAGGUCGUGUCCCCCACCAAGAGCUGCAUGCUGCAGGCUGACUCGGAGAAGCUGCGCCAGGCCUGGAUCCAGGCUGUGCAAGCCAGCAUCGCCUCCGCCUACCGCGAGAGCCCCGACUGCUUCUACAUCGAGAGGCUGGACAGAACAGCCUCCCCCUCCACCAGCAGCAUCGACUCAGCCACGGAUUCUCGGGAGCGGGGCGGGAAGGGGGAGCCGAUCCUGCAGAGGGUGCAGAGCAUCCCUGGGAACGAGCAGUGCUGUGACUGUGGGCAGCCAGAUCCCCGCUGGGCCAGCAUCAACCUGGGCAUCCUGCUCUGCAUCGAGUGCUCCGGCAUCCACAGGAGCCUGGGUGUUCACUGCUCCAAGGUCCGAUCCCUCACGCUGGAUUCCUGGGAGCCAGAGCUGCUGAAACUGAUGUGUGAGCUGGGCAACAGCACCAUGAACCAGAUUUAUGAGGCGCAGUGUGAGGAGCUGGGGCUGAAGAAACCAACAGCAGGGAGCUCCAGGCAGGACAAGGAGGCCUGGAUCAAGGUGAAGUACGUGGAGAAGAAGUUCCUGAAGAAGCUGCUGGGUGGGGAGACGCUGGCUGAGGCCGAGGCCGAGCCCAAGCGGCCCGGAGCCGGGCGGGGUCCCCGCGAGUCCCUCCCUUGGAUAUUCGGUGUUUUCCCUGCUGGUUGGUCUGGUUGUGAUGCCUGCACACCCCGAGGGUUGAGCUGCCCUCUGGGGGUUUUUCCUUGUGGGGUUUGAGUUCUCAUGCUUGACUACUGGAUGGCUGAUUUUUAUUUUUUUAAAUUUUUUUGGAGGGUGUUUUUGGAGUAGGAGCCUCCCCAGGGUAUGACCAUGGAGUGUGUGGGAAGUGUGGGACAUGAGCUUAGAGGUUAAAAAACAACACAAAAAAAAAAAAACAACAAAAAAAGGAAAAAAAAUUCAAAAAGAGAAGAAAAGGAAAAACUUUCUGUGACCAGGGGAGAGCCACCAACACCAGGAGCAGACACAGCUGUCCCUGAAGAACUGGCUUGGAAUUCUGGCAGGGAUGGCGGCUGGAGCCUGCUCUGCCCUGGGAGGGCCCCGAGGUGCCCUCCAGGCUGGAUUUGGGGCAGGGGUGCUCCGGAGGCCCAGCUGGAUCAGGAUUCAGGAUCUCCAGCUCCUCGCCCGUCGCUGCUCUCAGGACUGAACCGGCCACGCUCCCCUCGACUGCUGCCCUGGCUGCUGGGCUGCCCGAAGCCAUAGCUGCCCUGCUUCCACCCCUGCAGUGCCCAGAAGGAUUCCCAUCCCAUUGGAAUACCCAGAAGGGUUCCAGCCCCACUGGAAUUCCUGGACGCAGCAGCACUGAUCCCUGUCGCUGGCGAUGGGCUCGGGGCAGGGAGGGGAACAAGCUCCAGCUGCUCGGUGCAAUUUCACAGAAUCCCAGAUCCCAUUGUCCCAGAAUCCCAGAUCCCAUUGUCCCAGAAUCCCAGGCUGGGAGUCACCCUCAAGACCAAGGAGCCCACCCCACUCCCCCACACCCCAACCAAACCACUUCUAGUCCCCAUCUUCUUCCAGUCCCACCCAGGGAUGGGGAAUUUGCCUCCUCUGGGUUCCCUGCAGGUCUCCAUGGGGGAAGUUCCACCUGCAGGAAUCCCCCCAUGUGCUGGGGCAGCUCAGCAGCUUUGGAGCUCCCCAGCUCUGAGGAGCAGCAGAGUUUUUGUGGUUUUCUCCUUUUUUUCCUCUCUCAGCUGCAGUGAGAGAGCGUGGCUCUCCUCGGACACUUUGCUGCUGUCUCACCCUGUCCUGGGAGGGUUUAUGGAGCUCAGGGGGCUCUGGAAUCCUGCCUGGAGCUUGGAGACUUUCCCAAUGUCCCCAGCUGCAGCUGGCACCAGGGUUAGUCUGUCGGGAUUUUGGAUCCCAGUCCUGGCUGCUCCUGGCACGGUUAGGAAGGGGCUGGGAGCUGAUCCUGCUCCCGAGCCCUCCCGAAGCCCCAGCCUGGCUCCAGCAGGACCCCCCCGAUCCCUGCGGAGCCCCCAGGACCCCAGACCCUGCUGGACCCCAGCCCGGGGCUGGCCCAUCCCUCCGGAAUUCCCUCCCCGUUGGUGCUGCCCCCACCCCUGGGGCAGCUCUUGGUGCUGAUUCCCCCUCGAGCCACGCAAAUCCUUCAGGGUCCUUCAGAGCUCUUGGGAGAAAAGAGAAUUCUCACAUUUGGGAGUGGAGGAGAAUUGUCAUCAUCUGAGAAAAAAUAAUUUCUUCAUUCUUGAGAGUGGAAGAGAGUUUUCACCAUUUGAGAGCAAAGGAGAAUUUCACAUUUGAGAGUGGAGAAUAUUCCCCAUUUGAGAGCAAAGAGAAUUUUCACCAUUUGAGAGUGGAGGGGAAUUUUUUGCCUCUUGAGAACAAAGGAGAAUUUUCAUAUUUGAGAGUGAAGAAUUUUCACUUUUGAGAAAAAAGGAGAAUUUUCACAUUUGAGAGUGGAGAAUUUUCACCAUUUGACAGCAAAGGAGAAUUUCUUCACUCUUGAGAGCAAAGAAGAAUUUCCACCAUUUUUCACCACUUUUCAAUUUUCACCAGGACAAUUUCACACUCUGCUCUGCUCGUGGAUUUCAGCACGGCCAUAAUUUGAAUAAUUUGAAUUUUUUAACCUGUACAGCAACUCCAAACUGAUUUUCAACCCCCACCCCUGCUUUUCCCAGCUUUUUUAGGAGGAGUUCAAAACCCGACUGAUCCUUUUGAGAACCGAGGAAAAACCACAGCUUCCAUUUUUGGGUCAUUUUAUUUCACUUUUUCUGGGAAUUCUGGCCACAAAUCCUGGCCAGGCUGCACCCUGGAAGCUCAGACUCACUGCUGAAGUACAUGAAGUUGGAAAAAAAAUGUAAAUAUCGAUGCAAAAAGCAGCAUCUUGCAAGACAAUGGAUUUAUUUAACAUUGUAUUGGUACUUUAAAUAUUUAGAUUCAAUGUAUAAAAGCAACUUGGUGCACUUUUCCUACCUGACAGUAUUUUGGGGGGUUUUAUGUUCUUUUGUUAUGGGUUUUGUGCUGUCUUUUUUAAUCAGUGGAAUUGUUUAAGUAUUUAAUUUAUUCUUAUUAUUGAUGUGCCCAGAGGACUAGUGCAAUUUUUAUUCAAUACAGUUGGUCUGUAUUUAAUGUCAGGAUUUUUUCCGUAGCGUUUUUAGGGAAUAUUUUUCCAAAAUUGCCUCUUUUUCUUUCCCCUCAUCCCAAUUUUCCUCCCUUCCCCCCUUUUUCCCUUUGUGUUUCCAUCACGGAUUCAAAGCCUCAAAAUUUGAGAUAAACCCAACACCCUGCAGUCCCCAAACCAAAAAUUUCUCCAGGAAAAACACGUUAAGGAUGCACUUCUCCCUGUUUCCUGUGUUUCUUGGACUUUUAUGUCUCCUUGGGGGGGUUCUGGGGGGGGUGUGGGCUCCAAAUUUUGGAGGGGAGAGUGGGGAAGGCUCAUAGAAAAUUCAGUUUCAAUUUUCAAAUUGAAAUUUGAGCAUUUCCAGGCUCUGAGAGGGAUGAAAAAAUGAACAUUUUGUUGUUUUUUCCUGCCUGAAACGCAGCUGGAUUUGUGUUGUACCAUCCUGGUUGGAAGAUUUUGAUGCCCUAAAUUAGAUUUUUUUUUUUUUUUUUAUCUUUUAUUUUUCCAAGGGGGUGUGAGUGUUUUCUCUUGGAUUUAACCACAUUUAACAGGAGGAAUUUAAAAGUUAAAACCCCUCAGCCACCAGGAUCCUUCAUCCUUGGGACUUCUUGGGAUCUGGGGGAAUUUUUCUCUCUUUAUUUAACCCAAGUGCCUGGACUUGGAUCCAGUCUGGGUUUGGAUCUCUGAUUCCAGCUGGGAUUUUCAAUAUUCCAGGGUUUUUUCAGGUUAUUCCAGCCUUGCUGCCUCUGAGCUGGGAAAUUUCUUGGAGUAUUUUAAAGGAAAAAAAUUUAAAAAAUAAUGGGAUUGGAAGAUUUGAUGCCUUUAACCAAAAAUCCAGGUGUGAGAAGCUGAGCUGGGCCAGGCAUCAGAUGGAAUUGUUUGUUGGAAAAUACCUCUGAUAUCAUCAAAUUAAUUAAUUGAUCAUUAAUUAAUCAUCCUGCAGCUUCCAGGAGAGAACUGGAGGGAGGAUUUUGGGAUUGAGAGAUCAGGAACAUCAAAAAUAUCAGGAAAUACCAAAAUGAGGAUCAGGAACAGCAAAAAUUUUGUGAUUUGUGCAAGAAAAACCCAGGAGCUGCUCAGGGAAUGCACAGAAUUCCUGCCGUGGGUGGAAAAUGGAAUUUUGGAGUUUCCCAGCAAUUCCUGGGUUGGGUUUUGGAGUUUCUUGGCAAUUCCUGGGUUGAGAUUUUUGAGUUCCUCACCAAUUUCUGGUUUGGGUUUGGGAGAUUCUCACAAUUCCUGAUUGGAAUUUUUGGGUUUUUCAACAAUUCCUGGUUUUGGAGUUUUUUAGCAAUUCCUGGUUGGAGUUUUUGAGUUCUUCAACAAUUCCUGGUUUGGAUUUUUGGGUUCCUCAGCAGUUCCUGGAUUGGGUUUUUGGGUUCCUCAGCAAUUCCUGGUUGGAGUUUUGGAGUUCUGGGGUUCCUCGGCAAUUCCUGCUGCUGUCCCUGCCCUGUGUCCCUCAGAGGGGCCGGGAGGUGACACCGAGGCCUGGUGACAGCCCCGGGGAUGGAGGGGCUGAGGGACAAAAUGGCUUUUGGGAGGUUCCAGGAUGGGUGGCAUGUCCCCAUGUCCACGGGAACGGGGCUCACUUGGGAAUGGGCUCCUCACACCGGGCUGGGCCGUGCCUGCAAUUCCCGCUGGGGACACCGGGAGGGGACACCGGGAGGGGACACCAGGGCGGGACCAGCACAGAGGGGUUCGGUGGAGAUGCUGCUGCCCCAGAGGUGGCACCUGGGGACACCACAGGGACAGGGAGAGAUCCCUGGGCUGGGCCAGAGACCCCCUUGGGCCAGCUCAGAGGGGUUUGGCUGGGCCAGAAGCCUUAUUUGGUUAUGUGAGAGGGGCGUUUGGGCCUUCUCAGAGGGGUUUGGGCCUUCUCAGAGUGCUUUUUGCCCCCCUCAGACGUUUUUGUGGCCAUCUCAGAGGGGGUUUUGGCCACCUCAGACGUUUUUUGGUCAGUUCAGAGGGUUUCUGAGCAGCUCAGAGGGGUUUUAGGCCAUCUCAGACGUUGUUUUGCUAUCUCACAGGGGUUUUUGCCAUCUCAGAGGUUUCUGGCCAGCCCGAGGCUCUGCCCUCAGCUGUAAAUAAAAUUAAACUCCCACCCCUGCUCUCCUCCCUCCCCGCUCUCUUUGCACCAGGAUUUUUUAACCCUUCCCCUCCCUGCACCUCUGGAAAUUCAGAUUUUCUCUCUGUAAUCACCUUUGUACAAUUCCAAAGCUCUUUCUUGUGCUCUCUGCCUUUUUUCCCCUCUCCUUUCUCUGGUCUCUUGAAGCACUCUUAAUAAAAAUCUGGAUAAAAACUC